AUGGCAAGUAGCUUUCUCUUAUCUUUCUCAGACACAAGAUAUACACUUUCUUCCUCUCUUUGGUUUUCUUCUUUCUUUCUUUCUUUCUUUCUUCUUCUUUACACAAUUCAUCUUGUAACAGAGGUAUACACUUUCUUCCUCUCUGGUUUUCCUUUUUCUUUCUUUCUUCUUCUUUACACAGUUCAACUUGAAACAGAGAGAUAUACUUUCUUCCUCUCUGGUUUUCUCUUUUCUUCAAACGCAGGCUGUAUUCUCAGCGUACAAAUUUCUCUGCGUCUUCAAUUUGGGGUUCUCGAACAGAAAUACUUGUUCUCAUAUUUCUUGUCCGGAGUUACCUGGGUUGAAUCGGACAAGUUCCAUCAUUAUCAAAUGAGUCUUAUCUUUCCGUUCAUAAAUUAUCAGCGCUUCGAUUUCAGGUCUUGCUCCUUCAAAGUCAAGACAGCAACUAACUCCUAA